CAAAUAGAAGCGGUAUAAAUGCAAAGACGAGUAACAAUGGCACGCAGUUGAGGUUCAGAAGCUCGUGAGAAAAAUGAAUGCUUACGCUGUUUUCUUUUUGUGCAGUGUUGUGGGUAAUACCUUUGGGUAUUACGCGCCGAGAGAGGCUCCCUACAACACGGGGCCAAACGACCCUUACUCCGUCGCUGUUGACCCCAACUUCCUGCAGCAGCCAUCGCAGCGUCUGUUCUGGGGCAAUGGACAGGGAAGCAACCAGGUCGGCGGCACGGGACUGUGGGCUACGCUAACGAACAAGUUUCCAUUCCUUGGCAGCAUGUUUGGUCGGAUGGAACUGCCUUCGCAAUAUGGGGUUCCAAAUCAGUACGAAUUAGCAACGCAAUAUGGUGCACCUCCUCGAGUACAGCCUCAGUUCUACCAAGCGCCUCCUGUUUAUCAACAGCAUCCUCAGCAGUUUGCACAAGGAUUUGUGCCGUUCGGUCGCGAUGUAGGACUGACGGAUGAUGCUGUGAUCAUCACGCCGCCACAGGUCCCUAUCAAUCCGCAGCCCGCGCCAGCGCCGGCGCCGGUGCCGGAGCCACAACCGGGAUACCAGUACAACAAACCUCAAUACAGACUGGACCUACCGCACAAGUAACAUUUCUAUUCUGACCAAACUAAUGUUCGUCAGUACCUCGUAGUCGUAAUAGUAGAUAUUAAUAAUAUUUCACGAAUUUCUCAUUUGUAUUUGUCAUUUUUUGUCUUAAUUUGUAUCACGUGCAAAUGCACUUAGCUACACAUAGCGCAGUGUAUGAUGGCACUGCAUCAGUUUUCAGUAUAUAAGAUUUCUCAAA